AUGAUGAAGGGGGCCGGCGCCAUGAGCACGAUGAAGCCGCCGUCAUCGCCCUUGUACUACGUCCACGAGGCGGACGGCCACGGCCACCACUACCUCGAGGAGUGCUCCCUCUGCGGCAAGUCCCUCUCCGGCGACAUCUUCAUGUACAGGGGUGACACGCCGUUCUGCAGCGAGGAGUGCAGGCAUCAGCAGAUCGAGGUGGACAGGGCGAGGCACCGGCGGAAGAAGCACGCGGCGGCGCACGCGGUGUCGGCGGCGCGGAAGGAGCAGCACCGGCACCACCACCACCACCACCACCACCAUCAUCAUCACCGUCAGCACCAGCACCAGCACCAGCCGCAUCAGCCGCCGCCGGAGCCGCGGACGGCCAUGGUGGGCUCCGCCCCGUGGGCCGACGCCGGGUUCGCCGCGAGGAGCCCCGCGUUGCGCGUGUGA